AUAAGUUUGUUGGUGCAAUUCGACGAGUUCAAGGGGCACAGCCAUGAGCAAUUUAUGGAAGAGCUGGACACAAUUAUGCUGGUCUCCAUCAAUAAAUUGCAUGACAACAUGGAUCUUCGUCGCCGUCUUUUGAUCUACUCGGUAUUCGGAAAAGUGUUCCAAUAUAGGAAAAUGGGCAUUUUGGCUCCCCACGAGCAAGAGGAAACUUUCUAA